GGCAGUCUAGCAUUCACUAUGGAGGAAGUUGCUUGCUUGCUAACAGAAGAAGACUUGCGAGCGAUUAGCGUUAGUUACAUGAUGGCGUUGAAAUCGGGAGAUGAACGAUUGAAGGAGAUGGAAGCCGAAAUGGCGUUGUUUGAGCAGGAGGUCCUGGGGGGUCCGAUGUCUCUCUCCGGCGGGGGUCCCACAGUCUUGGAGGCGGUUCCAGUGGCCCUAGCGGUUCCCAUACACCGUCCAAUCAUUGGAACAAACACAUACAGACAGGUACAACAGACCCUGGAUGCCCGAGCUGGCACAUUUGUUGGUCCACCACCCCCUGCCUUUGUUGGCCCAGUACCACCAGUCCGACCUCCACCCAUGUUGAGACCAGCAUUUGUGCCUCACAUCUUGCAGAGACCAGCUGGUCAGAGAAUGCCAGGGAUGCGCGGACCCCCCCCUCAGGGCAUGAUGGCUCCUCCUCUGCCACGUCCCCCUCCACCACCACCAAUGAUGAUGGCCCCUCCCAUGCAGGGUCCCCCUCAACACUCCAUGACCCCCCCAAUACAAGGACCCCCCCAGCACCCAUUUUCUCAGGUAGGGCCAAUGGGUCCCAUGGUGUCUCCACCCCCCAGGCCUGUGGUGCAGCAGCCUCCCAAGAUCACCCCAUCGGUCUUCCAGGCAGCCCCCACAGUCUACACAGCCCCUCCAGCCCCCAAGAGGCCUGACAUCCGUGCUCAGAGACAGGCGCGCAUGGAGGAGCUGGCUGCGUCGGUGGCAGAGCAGCAGGCAGCAGUAAUGGCCGCCGGGCUUUUAGAAGCCAAGAAGGACUCUGCCUCGGACGACAACAUCAUCGGACCCAGCAUGCCUGAGCCAGAGCCUGUGCACCCUGAGCCAGCAGAUGGCAGCGUGGAAGAAAAAAAGAGGGGGAAACAAGAGAAAAUGAAGAAGUGUAUUCGCACUGCAGCUGGUACUAGCUGGGAGGACCAGAGUCUGCUGGAUUGGGACUCAGAUGAUUUCCGGAUCUUCUGUGGUGAUCUUGGCAAUGAGGUGAAUGAUGACAUCUUGGCGCGUGCAUUCAGCCGCUACCCAUCCUUCCUGAAAGCCAAGGUGGUGAGGGACAAGCGCACAGGGAAGACAAAGGGCUACGGUUUUGUCAGCUUUAAGGACCCUAACGACUACGUACGAGCCAUGAGAGAAAUGAACGGCAAGUAUGUAGGCAGUCGGCCAAUCAAACUGAGGAAGAGCAUGUGGAAAGACCGGAACAUGGAGGUGGUGCGCAAAAAACAGAAGGAGAAGAAGAAACUGGGGCUUAGAUAGGAAGUUAAUUGUGUGUGAGUGAAACUUGUCAACUGUGUGAGACCUGUGUGAUUGACUGAGUGUAGAGCAGUCACCAGUCUCCCAGUUAGAAGACUGCUUACACCAGCUGUCAACUCGCUUGGGCCACAUUUAUGUUAGAAUGACUAAACCAGAGAGGUGAGUUACUUUUUACCCUCUUCAAUUGGACGACAGUUUCAAACACACUAUUCUAAACCUGGGAAACUGGGCUUUGUCUACUAGGCUUUGGCUACCAGGCGUUGGCUUUAUCCUUGGCCCUGAUUUGAAAAUAAGGCAUUCCACUCAAUUCAUUCUCCACACAACCCUCAGUCAGUACUGUCAAAAUGUAUGGUGUCUAUUAGUUCUGCUGUUUUUGUGUGGCAGUUUGUUCUCUUCCCCUCAAUACUAGUUAGAUUGUAUGCCUAAAACACCUCUGGCAUUUUUGUUUAUAACAAUAAGGUGUCUCACCGAAUUACAGCAUUGUUUAUUUUCACUUAGUGUUGAUCAAUGUUCACACAUCCAAAAUUUUAGAUCGAAACUCUCAAUGUUUGUACAAUACUGUGGAUGAAUAGGUUGAAGGAAAACGAUGUAAACUAUUUUCAAUAAAAUACAACCUUUCUUAACUGUUGUCAUUGGAUGUUC